GCGCUGUAACGUGGCUGGAGGUUAUAUAGUGAGCUCAUCGAAAACUUGCUCUCCGAGGCUCGUCUGUUCUCGCAACGGUGGGUAAUGAAAGCAGUGCUGCCUAGCAUAGUGUUGUUCGAAGUAGACACGGGCACACGAAGUUUAAAUGGUCUAGGUGCGAAAGUCCUGUCGCGUGGCACCAUACACGCCCCCAACGUGGAAGUGUGAGGUUUUAUUCUGGGGAAGGAAAAGAAAGGAAGGCUGAACGGGGGCAUAUCGACGCGUUUAUGUUAGCCCGCCGCUUCCGCUAACUAAUUAGCAGACUGGCUAACCGGAAUUCAGGGACGGCUGGGGAACAGACUGACACACGGCAGCUAAGUACAUCAGAAUCAAAUAAAUGGGUCACUGCCAGGCCUCUGCAGAACUUGAUGACGUGCCGAGGAGGUAAUAAUUCAGCCGAGUUGGAGCAGGGACGCAUCUAAAAACAUGCAGGGCACUGGCUCCUGUUUUAAAACAUCUUAAAGGAGAAUUAUCAGGAAGAGAUGGAUGGUUUUUCUGAACCUGCUUCUGACCGGAUUUUGCUAGAACCGUACAAGUACUUGCUGCAGCUACCAGGAAAACAAGUAAGGACAAAACUCUCCCAAGCAUUUAACCACUGGCUCAAUGUACCAGAAGACAAACUGCAGGUGAUCAUCGAGGUGACGGAGAUGCUGCACAACGCCAGCCUGCUGAUAGACGACAUCGAGGACAACUCCAAGUUGCGUCGAGGCUUCCCGGUGGCGCACAGCAUCUACGGCAUUCCCUCGGUCAUCAACUCGGCCAACUACGUGUACUUCCUGGGGCUGGAGAAGGUGCUGGUCCUGGAGCACCCGGAGGCCGUGAGGGUGUUUACCCGCCAGCUGCUGGAGCUGCACCGCGGCCAGGGGCUGGACAUCCACUGGAGGGACACCUACACCUGUCCCACCGAGGAGGAGUACCGCAACAUGGUGCUGCAGAAGACCGGGGGCCUCUUCGGCCUCGCCGUGGGCCUGAUGCAGCUCUUCUCGGACUGGAAGCGGGACCUCAAGCCCCUGCUGGACACGCUGGGCCUCUUCUUCCAGAUCCGGGACGACUACGCCAACCUGAGCUCCCACGAGUACAGCGAGAACAAGAGCUUCUGCGAGGACCUGACGGAGGGCAAGUUCUCCUUCCCCACCAUCCACGCCAUAUGGUCGCGGCCGGAGAGCACCCAGGUGCAGAACAUCCUGAGGCAGCGCACCGAGAACAUGGACAUCAAGAAGUACUGCGUGGACUACCUGGAGAAGGUGGGCUCCUUCGCCUACACCCGUCAGACGCUGCGGGACCUGGAGGUGGAGGCCUACCGCCUCAUCAGGGAGCUCGGGGGCAACCCUCAACUCGAGAGCCUGGUCAAGCAGCUCAGCCGCAUGCACAACGAAGCAGAGGCCUCGGCUGAGUGUUACAGGGAGCCACGCUUGAGUCAGAACCACUGACCCCCCCCCCCCCCCCCCCCACCUCCUCGUAUUCCCACCUUCCUGAGGCACAUUCCUGAACGGCUCCGAACCGGGCCGCCGCGGUUCAUUCGGACCGCCGUGACGGCAGAGGAGCUCCAGAUAUUUACCCUCUGUGUGAAAACAGCAGCUAAUCCGCCCAUCUGAAGUGCUGCAGCGCUCUCAGGAAUAGAAAUUAAGCGGCAGAGCCACAGUCACUUUUUUUUUUUUUUUUUUUUUUGCUUUGCCACUUGACAAGAUUAUUAAGAAAAGAAAGAUCUUGAGAGAGCCUUUUGGCUUGACGCACACUCCAGCGGGUCUAAAGUGCUUUUGCCCGUCCCAGUUAACGUUGUUUUGACGUAAAUCUCUUAACUAAAGCCGUAUCCGUCUGAUUUUGAGGUCCCCGUAACGAGGAAAGCAGCAGAAAGGCAUCGGUUCUCCGUGGCGAGCCUUCCUCCUCCUGCAGACCGCAGUCGCCUCACAGCACAAAUCCCCCGCGGUUACUGUGACGCUCUCGUGUUUAUAUACUGACGCUGCUGUAAUCUAGGGUCUUGUUUGCACCUCUUGAAUAAAAGAACAUUCAAAGAUGAA